UUGUUAUUGUUUUACCGACCGCUCACGAGCACGCACCGUGCCGCAUCUCCUCCGAUUCCGCGGUCUGCUUGAAUUCUCGUCGCGAGUGCCUGUGUGCGCCGGUGUGUGAUAAAAAGCCCCCCAUAUCCCAUAUCCGAUAUCCGUUCGAAAUCGCCGUGUUGCACUCUGCUUGGAGCCCAGCUCAAAAUGCAAACUGAGAAACGGUAAACAGCUGAAAUAAUGCCGGCAAGCAGCAACAACCAGGCGGCGUCCUAGUGUGCGUGAGGUGUUUGAAUUUUGCCGAAAUAUUUGUGCGGCAAAAAGAACAAACAAAGAGCCAAGAGCCAUAAAUCAAACGGCCGGCAAAAUAAUCAGCUAGUGCUUCGGUUAUCAGUAUUGUGUUUUGUGUGCAAAAAUAAGAGAAAGAACCCCACACAGCAGCAACAUGUCGCAGCCAAAACAUCAACAACUUCUGCCCUGCAGAAGAAAAGCCACAACAACUACUGCCCGCCUUGUGAUAUUCAGCUUCCUGCUCCUGCUGGCCACCCACCUGACAAAUCCCGUGGCGGCCCAGGAUCCCCAGGUGGCCGCCCUAGCCGCCCCCAGUCCCGCCGGUGGUGGGCCUGGAGUGUCCUCCUCGAUCCUCGAUCAGUUCAGUCCCAAUUGCAGUGCCGUAACUCAUAUUUUUCAGUCGCGGGGUAUCGAUGCCAGUCAGAUUCCCCAAAAACCCAGUAACGAACAAAGCCUUCGGUAUUGCGAGUCCCCGUCGGUGGGUACCUGCUGCACCUACAACAUGGAGACCCGCAUGGCGAUACAGUCCCGAACGCAACUGGAGAGCCACACCAAGGAGCAGAUCUCCCGGAUGUCGGGCACCCUCGGCAGCAAGGCGACCAAGUUCAACGACAUCUUCCUGGCCCUGCUGAAAGAGUCCCGGACUCAGUUCAAUAGCAUGUUCAUCCGAACCUAUGGCAUCAUCUACGAAAGAAAUUCGUACGUCUUCUCGGAUCUGUUCAAGGAGCUGGAGAACUAUUUUGCCCGCGGAAGAGUCGACUUGCUGGAGGUCAUGGACAAGUUCUUCAAUACACUGUACCAGAAGAUGUUCACUGUCCUGAAUACCCAGUAUACCUUUGAUGAAAACUACAUGCGAUGCGUCAGCGAGCACAUGAAGGAACUGAAGCCCUUUGGGGAUGUGCCGGACAAGCUCUCCGUCCAAAUAAAGCGAUCCUUUGUGGCCACACGAACCUACGGACAGGCUCUGGCCACAGCAGCCGAAGUGGCCAAGAAGGUGUUGAAUGUCCGUUUAAAUGCCGACUGUACUGGUGCCCUGACCAAGAUGCAACAUUGUGGCGCCUGCAAGGGCUACACGGAGAAGCCCUGCACCAACUACUGCAUAAAUGUGAUCAAGGGAUGCCUCCACUACCAGCACGAGUUCGAUGCCGAGUGGGAGAACUUUGCCCUGGCCAUGGACAAGGUGGCCGAGCGACUGCUGGGCUCCUUCAACAUUGUGAUGGUGGUGGAGCCUCUAAACAUCAAGAUCUCCGAGGCCAUCAUGAACUUCCAGGAUUCUGGCCAGGAUAUCACCAAUCGCGUGUUCCAGGGCUGCGGCAGGCCCAAACUAAAGAAGAUGAAGCGUUCCAUCAGCCCCAAGAUGCAGGGAGUCCAAGUGUUGCACGCCCAGAGUCCUGUGGAGGCCGACACCCUGGACAUCGAUGCCACACUUGACGAGGCGAUUGUCCUGCGAGAGCGACGAGCAGCAGAGCCAGGAUCCCAAGAUGCCUCCGGCCAGCAAUCCCAGGAGCAGGGUGUGGGCAAAGGCGGCAACGGUGGAGGAAAUGGAGGAGGCGGCGGUGGCGGUGGCAACAACCGGCGACAGCAACAGCGACGCAAACAACAGCAGCAGAGACGAAAGCAGCAGAGUAAUCGAAACGACAACGACGACGACGAAAACGAGAGUGGCGGCGGAGGACGUGAACCGAUUCUGGACAGGAUUGUGAGGGACAUACGCCAGCGGGUGAAGGACUACAAGAAGUUCUGGUCGAACCUGCCGCACAGCGUUUGCAGCAACGAGGACAUAGCCUCCAGCUCCGAUGUGGACGGCAUGUGCUGGAAUGGCCACACCAUUGACAGGUACAUGCACGCCAUAACAACCGAACACGGCUCCAAUCCGGAGUUCAAUGGCAAUCCUGCCAGCACCAAGCAAACCGCCCAAAUGUCCUCGCAACUGUUCCACCUGAAGAACGCCAUCAAUCACCUGCGCAAUGCCUACAACGGCCAGGAUGUAGAGUGGAGUGAGCAGGAAGAACCAUAUAUGGGCAGUGGCGCCGGCUCAGGAUCGGGCUCGGAAGAUGACGAGGACGACGACGAGGGCUCCGGCCUGGGACCCUUCGAGCCAAGCCGUAAACCGGAUGUAGACCGGCCGUCGGUGAAUGGAAAGAACAACAACGAUGACGAGGACGACGAUGAUGACGAUGAGGACGGAGCCCGACGUGGUCAGGUUCCCACAUACACAUCACGUCCGGGCAUUGGCGGAACGGACGACAAGGAUCCGCUGGUUCAUACCACGCACUUCGACCAGGAUCACAACAGGGUCGAAGAGGACCAUCGCCAGGGCGGCGGCGGCGGCGACGACGAGGACUCGGAUGGCGGCCAUGGCGAUGGCGAUUCGCAGGAGAACGGCGACGACGACGAUGGCAAUCGGUCAUCCAAAGCACCGGAGAAGAUGACGCUGCGUCGCGCUCUGGUUGUCUAUCUACUGCCGCUCUAUAUGGCGUGGUUCGGUGGCGCCUGCGCCGAUUUGCUGUGAUUACUCAAUGUGCGAUGUGAAUGCAGUCUGCCCAUCUGGCCAUCUGCCAUCUGCAUCCCCCCAUCCCCAACACCUCUCAGUCAUUCAUCCGUGAAGCAAAAAAAUGUUAUUAGCAGAACUAUACGUACACACAACACACACAACCUUUAUAUACGAAAUGCGAGUCCAAAAUUUUAUAAAAACUUUUGAUGAAAGCAAUCAAAACGCAAUCAAGUAUGUAAUCGGUAAUUGGCCUACUCUAGAGAUGCCUUCCGAUCUAAGAUUCCGAUCUUAAAGGUUCCAAAGGCAUCUGGAAGAAGGACAAUGCCUGAUUAUGGUAGGAGAAGAAUUUAGAGGAGAGAGAAUACGUAACGAGCCCAUUUUAGUUUAGUAAGACCCCGCGAUGAGCCCUGACCCCUCGAACUCUAAGUCUAAGUGAGAAAUUGUAACUUCUAAGCGAAAUGAUGAGAGUAUGAUUGAAUGAUUGAAUGAAUGCGAUCGAAUGCCAGUCAGUGAGUAAGUGUGAGUGCGUGCGGAGUGCCUGUUCAAUGUGAUCGUUUAGCAAAAAUUAAAUGUAAACACUUUAGCCCCUAGAGACCUAAGCGAAAAACACACC